CCUUCCCACGAUACGUAGGAAAAAAAAUCAUGAUAGACUACAGAACGAUCGAAAUAGUCUCCUCGUGAGUCGGGAUCCUCCGCUCGCCGCCGCCACCUCCUCCCCUUCCUCGUCUCCUGCCGCCGCCACCUCCUCUCCUUCCUCGUCUCCUGCCACGCCCCUCCUCUGGCUUUCGAUCUCCGCCACCGGGCCUCCUCCUCUCUCCCACGGGCCUUGGGUGUGGCUCCGCGCGAGGCGCUACAUAUGAGAGGCGUGGCGGGUGGCCUUCGGGGAGCACCUGCCGUCGAGCAUGCGCAGACGCUUAUCAUCGUGCAGCGCCUGCUGCUUCUGCCGGCGGACCGCGAGCUUCUCCGGCACCGCCGCCGCGGUCACCCUACCUCCAUCAUCUCUUUGGUUAGGAGUAUUGGAGGGAGGGCAUGGGCGUGAUUCCGGCGAGAUGUGUCUCGGUUAGAUGUCUGCGAUGCGACAAUCAGAAAUCCUCUGGUUUGUCUUCCUCCUUAUCUGGCUUUAACCAUCCAGGAACAGGCCCACAAGUUCUGAGGCAUGAAGUUAAAGCUGCUGAAUUAGCUAACAUGAGAUGGGUUUGUGCACAUGUAUCUUUAGAAGUUUGAGUCAGUAGUAACUUAGUGUGGUGUAUUGCGACCUCAGACGCGACUCUUGUGGAUGUGGAUAUCACCUGAAGACUUGACUCAUAGAAAUCAUCUAAUAGGCCAAAUAUGGCUUGGUGUUUCAUCUAUCUAAUAUGUAAAUUGUCAGCAUGACCUCUGAAAUACACCUCCCAUUUGACUAGAAUCCACCUCCCAUUUGACUUAGCGUGGACGUCCAAUUUCAGUUUGAGCCUUAAUCAGUAUCUGUUGGCAGUGUUGUGGUGUUCCUGAUUUCUGGGCCAGUGUAAUGAUUAUUGAAAUUAUAUUCCUGCAGUUACCUUCUCAGGAACUAGGCUUUGUCGCCUGUCAUGCUUCUCAGGCGUCAAGUGACAGUUAACACAACCAGUUUAGUGGUGCGUGGAUUAGGGUUUCAGCCAUGGGUGACUUUGACUUCAUAGCUGGGGCAUAUGCGAAAGUAUGCAGCAACCAAGGUGAUAUGCAGGGCCAAGGUGAUGCAAGAACUUCUCAGUUCACAAAUGCAAGAGAGUUUUGACUUCUUAUGACAUUACACUGAUCAUAUUCUGGUGAGAUGUUGAUGACAGGAAGAAUUAUUAUUGUUGUUCAAGGUAGCUGCAACUAUGCACAUGAUGCAAGAAUUAUAUUUCUGUAGAGGUAGCUGCAACUAUGCACGUCAGUUUGAUCCUCCUAACUAAAAAUAAAAUUUAAUCUUCUUGGCAGAUUCACUUUUCUAUAUACUAAUUUCCGAUGUAGUUUGAAAAAAAAAGCAAAAGACUCGGAUAUGAUCAUAGGACUACAACAUGAAGUUUGACGAGUGUCCCAUAUCCCAUCAUUGUUCUCUCAGUUUUCACGACAUGAUCAAAUUACAGAAAAAAAAACCUUGGAAUGGUUCUUUUGAUUUACCUUCGGUUCUUAUUAACGAUAUAGUUAUCUAUAUUAUCACUUUGAAGUGGUGUUCCUGGAACAUUAAAUUGAUUAUAAAUACACUAGAUAUUAAUUUUGUGCAUAUCCAUGUCCCACCCACAAUGCAAAGCAAGACUGCACAUAUACGUUAACGAAUACGCUAGCAAGAUUAGUACGCACAAUCACGCACACACAGGAGGUGCACACAAUAAGAGUCGGGAAGGGGUGGCCACUCGCCUAUGCCACGCCAAAGAUUUUACUGUCGCAGGCAACACCUUCCCAUGGUACGUACUCUGCGAUGAACCGGGUGAACCGGGUGAUGGGAGCUUGCGAAGUCAAUGAUAUAUUUUGGAUCUUGCUGCUUGAUUUUGGCAUCUAUGUUGCAGACCAGAGACCACGUAUUACAGGUACUAUUUCAAUCUCUUGGUUAUUUCAGAUUGCACAUAUAAACCGGGUGAUGGAAGAUGUACUGUACUAAGCGGUUGAAUUGUCGUGUUGACUGGGGACUAUGUCGUUGUCGAAGUCUGUAAUCCAGUUAGACGGUCUUCACUUCUGUAAAGUUCAUCAACCAGAGUCUAUUCUUAGAUAUUUUGUUUAAGUAAAAUUUGCUCAAAGUGAUUUAGGAUAUUGGGCCUCUAAAAGAAAAGUAAGAAUCUAAAUUCCUAAGUAAUUAUAACAACUCAAGUGUGAUCUUCUUGUUGCUUAAUUUUCCAGUUAAGAUAUCUUUUUGAUAUAGAUUGCCAGGUUCCGUUCUCGCAUAAAACUCCCAAUCCUAUGAUCAUCAUAUGUCUCCUGUAUGAUGUUUUUGCUGGAAGGUCUGCUUACUUUUAUGUACAUCUCUUUUCUAAAAAUGUCACUGAUAGUUUGUUUUGCCGAACAUAUUAGGUUGACUGGAUUCCAUCUCAAUUCCUGUAUAUCUCUCUAAAAAGGUCACUGGCAAGGUGGUGUGGAGUGAGAAGACAUAGAGAUGGAUGAGGAUGACGGAAGGAAGCAGUAGCAGCUCGAUCCAGGAACCAACAGCUGGCUCGCUCCUAGGUCUUCAACCCGCUCCCCCCCUCCUUUCAGUCUACCGCAUGCAGCAGUGUGUGAUUCAGCAAAUGGACAAAGGGUGGACACUUCUUUCUUUACACUUGAACUUGAGCAUGGUGGACUUUUCUGUGGCCCAAUCAGUAAUUUGGAGUACUGGAACCCUUCAGUGGAAGUUCUUGAUUAUGUUGAUGCUACCACAUUCUCAUAUUCUUUCCUUGAAGACCACCUAACUUGGUUGGGAUAUCCAGUGGAUGAGCACAUACUUUACUGGUGCUUGCCUGACAAAUUUGCAGAUGGUUUGGUCAGAAUUAAAUCUGAUAAUGAUGUGCAACACAUCAUCAGAGCUAGUGUCAAUCAUAAAGUGCUUUCUGUUAUGGUUGACCAUGCAGAUUUCAUCAGCAAUUUCAGGGCUGAAUCCAUAUGCACAUUGCCAUCAAUUCAGUGCCCUGUUGCAAUGCACACUGAAAGUGAAGCAUCUUUCCACCAGAGUGUAAUUUCUGUCAAUGAAGAUGAGCCAUUUUUAGAGUUUCCUGCAACUGGAACAGAACCUGAAAGCUUGGUUAUACAAGGUGUAGAUCACAAUUUUCUUACCGAAGAUGGAGCAACAGUAAUUGAAGAUAUAGUUGUUUCUGACUCAGAUUUCAGUGACAGUGAUUAUGACAUAGAUGAGGGGGAUGAUGAUCUUUAUGAUGACAAUAUUGACUUUGAUGUUGAUGAAGAAGCUGAGGAAGAAGAGGAUGAUGUGGAGGUAGAUGACUAUUUGCUUGAUGAGGAAGAUCUUAAUCUGCCCAUUGAGGAAGCAGAGCAGUUGAGGUACAAGUUUACUGCCUUCAAUUCAAAGGUGAACAUGGUUGCCCCUGCCUUCAAAGUUGGGAUGGUCUUUGCUGAUGUGAAGGAGCUUAGACUUGCUAUUACUGCAUAUUCUGUUAAGAACAGAGUCCAGAUCAAGAAGUUAAAGAAUGACAAAACUAGAAUAGAGGCUGUUUGUGAAAGAGGUUGUCCAUGGUGGCUAAAAGCUGGGAAGGACAACAUGACAGGUGGAUUUGUAAUCAAGGCUUACUAUGGAGAGCACAUUUGUCAGAAGAAAUGGAAGAUAAGGCAGAUGACAGCUAAGUUUCUGUGCCAGUAUUUCAUAGAUGAGUUCAGGGAUGACCAGAAAAUGUCACUUGGUACAUUUUCAAGAAAAAUCACCAAGGAUUCAAUGUGACCCCUAACAGAUGGAAGCUAGCAAGGGCUAGAACUGCAGCCCUGAAAGAGAUCCAUGGUGAUGAAGAACAUCAAUUCAGUAGGCUAUGGGACUAUGGUCAUGAGUUAAGGAGUACAAACCCUGGCUCUACAUUUCUGUUAUCAACUGAGCUUAAGAAAGACCCAAAAUUUCCAAUGGGCAGGAAGUGUCUGAAGACACUGUACUGGUCUUAUGAUGCAUGUAAAAGAGGGUGGUUAAAGGGGUGCAGGCCUAUCAUUUUCAUUGAUGGAUGUCACAUGAAAACAAGGUUCAAAGGAGUUUUGCUUAGUGCUGUUGGAAUUGAUCCAAAUGACUGCAUUUUCCCCAUUGCAAUGGGUUGGGUUGAAGUAGAAUGCACAGGAUCCUAGGAAUGGUUUCUGACAACUUUGAGAGAUGAUCUAAACAUCACUAACAGUGCUCCUUUCACAAUUAUGAGUGACAAGAAAAAGGGAUUGAUAAAUGCUGUGCAGAAAGUGUGGCCAGAUGCAGAGCAUAGGUUUUGUGUGAGGCAUAUCUAUCAGAAUUUCAAUGAGAAGCACAAGGGAGAGUUGUUGAAGCAAGACCUGUGGGCCAUUGCAAGAUCACCAAACAAAGUGAAGUGGAGGCAGAACUGUGAGAAAAUGGAUGCAGAUAGUUCAGCUGCAUUUCAUUGGACUGAAAGACUUGAUCCAAAGACUUGGUGUAAAGCAUUUUUCAGUGAAUUUCCCAAAUGUGACAUUCUACUGAACAAUAAUUCUGAAGUGUUUAACAACUAUAUCCUUGAAGGCAGAGAGAUGGCAGUGUUGUCAAUGCUUGAAUAUAUAUUCUACAAAAUCAUGCAAAGGCUUGUGAGCAAACAAAAAGAGGUAAUAGAAAAGUGGGUAGGGCAGAGAAUAUGUCCAAAGAUCAAGAAGAAGUUAGACAAGAACACUGAAUUUGCUGCUAAUUGUCAUGUUUCAGAAGCUGACCAACAAAAAUUCAGAGUUCAGUCUGGAAAUUCUAUCUACUCAGUGGACUUGUGUUUGCAUACCUGUGAUUGCAGGAGAUGGCAGUUAUCUGGUGUGCCUUGUGGCCAUUCCAUAGCAUGUUGUAGGGAAGAAAGAAUUGACCCAGAGUUAAUGGUUCAUGACUGCUACACUGUGGAGAACUAUAUGAAAGCAUAUGGCUACACACUGGUCCCUCUAAGAGACCCUAAAUACUAGGAGGUGCAGCCAUGAUACAAGGUUUUUCCACCUGUGUUCACUAAAUAGCUGGGCAGGCCAAAGAAAAAUAGGAAAAAAACACCUGAAGAGAAAAUCAAACAUGGUGUGAGAUAUUUGAACAAGAAAUGUGUUACAAUGCAUUGCUCCAUAUGUGGCAGAGCUGACCACAACAGAAAGGGCCACUACAGAUGGCAGGAAGCACUUGUUGAAGAAGGGGUAGAGCUGGUGGAUGAAAAUUAUGAUGAUCCUGUUAGGAAUAAGCAACUUGUAUUCCCAUGAGGCCAUAGGCCGAUAUAUAUACAUGUACAGGUGUGGAACAUAUGCAGGAAACCCCUUAUACAACGGGAUAAAUAUAAAGGGGUACAUGACUUAUAUUAUAACUCUAACACCCCCCCUCAAACUCAUGGUGGAUGAACAACACUGAGUUUGGAGAGAUAAAAGCCAUGUUGUGCUCUAGUCUAAGCCUUCGUCAGGAAAUCCGCCAACUGUAACUCGGAAGGCACAUACUGAAGAGCAAUAACCUGAUCCUGCACACCAGCGCGCACAUAGAAAGCAUCAACACCAAUAUGCUUGGUGAGCUCAUGCUUCACAGGAUCGCGUGCAAUGCUGAUAGCACCUGUACUGUCAGAUAAGAGCAAAGUCGG